CAAUCUUUACUCAGCUGACUUUACUGACACACCAAGCCCCUCCUACUUCUGAAAGGAGGCAUCGUCGAGACGCCUCCAGCGGCGAGGAAGCUGGUGAUCUCUUGGUGGCGGAGCUGUACCGGCUCACCGCACUUUCUCCGAGGACGAUCUCUUCCCAAGCUUGCUCGGAAUCAGCCGAUAGUACUUGUGGUUUUCCUUCCUGCAAAGCCGCCGAACCCUUGCCCUCCGGCUCCCAGUCAUGAUGUGGCGGACCGGGCUGUUGUUCGGGAUCUUGAUGAUCGCCGUUUUCUUUUUCCAGUGGGACCUCGUCUUACUGGGGCUGUGCAUCGUCUGCUGGGCCGCCCCUUGGCCGGCCGAGGGUGCCUUCGACGAGCGGGAUAACAGCGCUGCCGGCGGCGGUGCUUGUCCGGAGAGUACGGUUUCUACAGAGGAUGUAAACCUAGCUGAGGAACAAGUGGAUGCGACUGACGGAAUUGCUCAGAGUUCACCCCUUCGUCAGUCACUAAAGAAAGUAUUUGAUUGCAGUUAUUCCCAAUUCAUCCUAUCGUGGUACAGUCCUCCUGAGGACAGCGUGGAUCAGCCACUCUACCAAGUUCUGCUUUGUGAGUUUAACACAGCCGUGGAUUGUGUCAUGGGGAAAAUCAGGAAUCUGAACUGUACCAGGAUAGAACUUCGAUUGAUUCAGAUCCUUACUAUCCACUUGCGAAGCGCCAAGGAGGAAAAGAAAAGAGAGAAGGUCUUCCAAACUCGAAAAGAAGAGGCGUAUUUCCUGAGGAGGACUGCAGAAGCUCUGAUACUCAAUCUGCUUCCCGAUUCAUUGUGGAAAGUAAACUGUUACCAAUGUGUGAUGAGGGAAGCUAUUGCACUGAAAGUUUUGGAGGAAACGAUUAAUACCGUUUGUGAAGCAGACUUUAUCAAUCAGUCAUUGAUUAGGUUAUUGGAUCAGGACUCACUUGCCUCUGAGGGAAAGGGUGUUAUUGCAAAUGUUCCUGCCAGCCCUGAGAAGAAUACUAAAAUCACUCCUGAGGAUAACAUACCAAUGGUGAAAGUGAAAAAGAAAAAGAAGGAAAAAGAUCUUUAUCGCAGGCUGAAAAAGAGUUUUACUAAAAUCUUCAAGAAACCCAAAAAGAAGAGUGACAUUGAACUUGGCUCAAACAUGGACGAAGCUGAUGGAAUAUACAAUGAAGAUAAUGACUUGAACUUCAGAUGUGCUGGUCUGCCCCCUGAUGAUGAAUCUGUCGAAGAAGAUGAUUUCAUUUCCAACGAUAAGGCAUUCAAAUGGCUGAAAGAAAAUGUUUUGGCUCCAAGUGAAGAGCAGUCAUCACUAAAAAACUGUAAGAUCACCAUUUCUGAGGUAUCCUGGGACAUAAUGAAGGACCCACUUUGUACCUUCGACAUAGAAAACCUGGAAGAUGCAGAAGAAUGCUGGUUCGUGAAAAGAAAUUUCCGAGAAUUUCAGGAGCUUCAGAACAAGGCGUUCAGCUCCCUUGGUGAAAUAGAACUGCCUUUGCUCAACGACUUGUCUGCUGACACCAUCAACAGUGAAUUCAGAGAAGGCUUUAAGUGUCAGCUGAACGGGAUUUUAGAGAAAUUGAUCUCAGAUGAGUCCAUUUUGUGCAACGAAAAUGUACUUAACUUCUUCUCACCCAGUGACCGAGACUACAUUGGGCUGCUAACGUCACUGGUUCCUGAGGAGGAUGAGGAAACUGACGCGGAGAGCAAUACUUCAGAGAGCCCACAUGACAAAGAUCUGGAUGAUGGGGACGAUGCUGUAGGACUUGCCAACACUAGCCCAUCAAACACGGAAGCCCAGGACACAGAUUCUGCCGAAUCAUUUCCUUCCACAGUAAACUAUGAGGAUACAGAUGCUGAGGUUUCCUUCAAGGCCUUGCCCUUCAGCCCUGACAAUGAAGAUGUGAAAAAAUACAGUGUCCGUCACAAAAAGCAAAGCUCAGGAGUUUCUGAAAGACUUACUGAAACGCCUGAAGGAAUUGCAGGCCACAUCCAUAAGCUCCUGGAAGAAAUAUUACGGAUAGAGCACCAUAAUUUAAAGAUAACUUUUGUAAUGCAAGUGGCAAAAUAUAUCCUGCCAAUGAAAAAGAAGUCUCUAAAGAAAUACCUUGACAACUUCUUCAGUAUAGAGCAGGUAACUUGGUACAUAGAUCACCUGAGAGAGGGAUUGUGGCCAGAUGGAAAACCUGCAUGUCCACCUCCAAAAAGAUCUGAUGAAGAAAAAGCCUCUGCAAAAGAAAAGGCUAAAGAAACACUGCUGAGCAAAAUUCCAGUAUUUUUCUGCAAGUUUUUUCCUGGAAAUGAAAUUGUCAGCAACCUAUUUAAUAUAUUUCAAGAUAUGGAAGCCAAUAAGAGAUUAGUAUAUACAAUCCUGGUGUUUCUGCUCUUCGAACUCAUUCCUGAGAUAAAGGAAUCAUGGAAAGGAGAUCCAGAGCUUUGCUUGGAAGACCUCAGUGUGGACAUGUUGAAUGAUCGACCAUUAUGAGAAAUGCCUGGAACCCACGACGAGUUAGAAAAAUAGAAUGCGGAAAGAUACUUUGCCACCUGCGGUGUUUCCUCCACCAUCACUAGAUCUUCUGGUGGAAACGCAAAUAUUUACAGUUCUAGCAAAGCAUCCCUUCUGUGACAUUGUGACAUUGCGAAUUAUCUGUAGUUAUAGGGACAUUACAUUUCGGUAUUGUUUGUUACAAUCUACACCGCAUUGGUUGACAGUGAGGCAUAGGAACAGAAUGAGGCCACUCAGCCCACUGAGUCUGCUCUGCCUAUCCAUCAUGAUAGAUUUUUAAAAUUCCUCUCAAAUUCCAUUAUCUUGCCUUUGCCCCGUGACUUUUGAUGCCCUUACUAAUCAAGAGCCUAUUAACCUCUGCUUUAAAUAUACCCAAUGACUUGGCCUCCAUGAGUGCCUUAAAGUUAGCAUUUGCACAUAGAAUUGCACAGUUAACACAAACCUUUAACCAAGGCCAGAGUAUUCAUCUCUGUCGUGUACAUAUAGAAACAGCCUGCCUUUGAUUCCUGCUCUGUGCGGAAUUCUUCUAAGGAUCAAAAAUUAUCCCACUCUGGAGACUCUUAUGAUUGGGGGCACGGAUGUUCAGCUCUGGUGACUCAGGUUCAAUCUUGGCCUCAGAUAGUGUCUGUGUGGAGCUCGCACAUUCUACCUAAUGAAGGGUCUCAGCCUGAAACACCGACUGUUCCUCCCCAUAGAUGCUGCCUGCCCUGCUGCGUUCCUCCAUCAUUUUGAGUAUGUGUUGCUCAGGAUUUCCAGCCUCUGCAGAACCCCUGGAGUUUACAUUCUUCCUGUGACUGCACAGGUUCCUGAGUGUUCUGGUUCCCUCCCACAUCCCCAGGACAUGUAGGCUGGCAUUGGUCACCGUAAAUUGCCCCCUGUGCGUGGCAAUACCUUUGGCGAAUUGGUGAGAAUAUGGGAAGAGGGAAGUGGAAUUAGUGCAAUGGGUGGAGAGGUGGAUUUAUUUGCCGUAUUCACUUCCAUGUGAAACACGCUGGUUUCCUUGGCUGCGUACGUCUAGGGAAGACGAUCUCCGGCCCCGCCAGACCCGUGAGAUUGAGGUGUGCGCGAUCCCACCCCAAACCCCGUUUGGUGGAUGCCGUGUCAUUCGCUACCCUCUUACAAAUUAAUGCCACAAACUUACAGACAGUACACGGCAUAUGAUUAAAGGAAUUACAUUUAUGAAUCUUAACUAAAGGGUUAGUAAAGAAUAACAAAAAGAAAAGGGCCCAUUCUAAUUAAACAGUCAAAUGUGCUCAUCUUGAUGUUCUCCGUCACUCACGCGCUGGGUCCUCGCUCUGUGUGAAAGCACACGCCACCUUCCGAACGUCACUCACAAUCCAUCGCGAACGAAUGGGUCUCCCACCGGAUCGUACGCUACGGCCGGUUCUCCCCAGCGUCUUCUCUCUUCAUCUCCUCUCGAACAACAGCCCAAGACCAACCCUAUUGUCCCUCACCAAGAAAACCUCCCACCAAUUGGAUGGCACACAGUCCACUUCAACGAUAACCCAAACAGGCUGAAAGCAGAACAGACUGGUUACAGAGCUGUUAAUUGAAAUACCGACAGUUUAACGGUGAAGAUGUGAACCAGGGCAUUACACAUGUAUUAGAUAUCCGCUGCUACAUGUUGGUGUGACGUGCAACAAAAGAGAAUGACAUUCAACAAUUAUAUAAAAAAAGAAUUAUGUAAAGAUAAAGUUAGAGGUUAAAGUGUAGAUAGAGAAUAAAAUGUGCAUUUAUUUACAAUGUAAAUAACUUUUAUAAGAAGUAGUUUAAAGUGUUUAUAGAUGGGGUUAAUAGAUAGAGGGGGUGUGGGAGGGAAUAGCUAGAAUGGUUGAUCAGGUUAAUUGCCUGAAGGAAGAAACUUUUAAGAUGGCAUUAAUUUUUUAAUGUUUUAAUAGCCCUAUAGUGCUCUCCAGAAGGACUGUUUGGAAAAGGCGGUUUACUGGGUCGGUAGUGUUCGCAGUUAGCCUGCAGUAGUGAAGAAACUGAUUCCACUCUGUGACAUUUUAUAUCUAGAACUGAGGUAUGGUAUCAGAUCUUUUAUUUAUUAGGACUUGUACAAUUGUAAAUGCCUCUUCCUUUGUCCACACAGUGACCAGGUUUCCAACAUGGUGUCUGUUUUUGGAGAGAAUGCAGACAAAGGGGAAGCAACUAUAAAAUGUGUAGUCAUGUGUAAUGGCGACAAGGGAAAGUCAGAGGCCUACAGGAAGGGUUAGGUGAGAAUCGAUUGAAUGGUUUGUGUUGGGGAAAUGGUGGUCAAAUACUAGCCACAUUUUCAUGACCUGUUGAGCUGGAUGGAGCUGAAAGAAGUUAAGUGGCUGUCGGAUUUCUGUCCAAUGGAAGUGAGUAGACUGUAGUAAAGACCAUGGACAACCGAGGAUAAAGAUAAACAGGAGGAAGAAGGUGUAAGACCACAUGGAGAGGCAGGACAGGAGAACAGGCUGAAGACGUCACUGUAUUCAAGUAGCUCCAGCUGUUAUGUAGAGAAUUAUGUUCUUAAUAAA